UGCUUCGUCUCUGUGGACUAACAUACUCUUAUCAAGCGUCACCUAUAUUAUACGGAAGUAAUUUCACUUUUUUCUCCUUUAUGUUUCUCUCUUCAUCUUCUUCAUCGGCACUUGGCUCCUUCUCAUCCUCCUCCCGCUUUUCGCCAAGCUUUUCUCUGGAAAUUCUCAUCCUCCGGUCUUCGAAUAUUGAAUUUUCACUCGUUCAUUUCUUCCUAGGGUUUUUCUUCCUCUCGAUUCAUCCGAUUCGGAAGAUCUGCUCGGAUUUGCACUUUUCGUAUCCAAUUCCAGGAGUUUGGCCGGAAACCAACGGCGUCGUUUGAAUUGGAGCUGCGGUGGUGUGAAGAGCGGUGUUUCGGAGCUUGUUUAGGGUUUGUUGGAUGAUACAGGAAGAACGCAAAGAUCUGAGGAUUUGCUGCGACUUGAUUUCGAUUUGUAGGCUUCGUGAUGGAUGUGGAUUUUGAUGGCGACGUGGCGAAUCUCGAUGCUGAGCUCUUGCAGCUCCCGGAGGUGUCUCCUCUGGCUAUCAAAGCGAAUCCUUAUAUCGCCGAGAAGCUCUUUGAUCAAUGGCUGUCGCUUCCGGACACAGUUUCAUUGGUAAAAUCUUUGGUUAAUAAUGCCAAGGGUGGUGGUCCCCUAAAUGUCUCUGGAACUUCUUCUAGCAGUAGCGCUGCUACAAGCAAUUCUUUGCCAUCUAUGUUUCCUGCUGGCAGUACACCUCCACUUUCACCAAGAAGUUCAUCAGGUUCACCUAGAACCAUGAAGCAUAGGGCUGGGCCAUCUCAGUUAGGUUCUCCUCUGAAAUUAGUGAAUGAACCAGUUAAAGAGAUGAUACCUCAGUUCUACUUUCAAAAUGGCCCUCCACCUCCAACCGAGUUGAAGGAACGCUGUUUGUUUAGAAUCAACCAGUUUUUUUAUGGUCACAUGGAUGGAAUACAAAUGCAUGAAUUUAAGUUGAUUACAAAAGAAAUAUGCAAACUGCCAUCGUUCUUCUCCACAGCUCUUUUUAGGAAGAUUGAUGUUGAUUGCAGUGGAAUUGUCACCAGGGAUGCCUUUGCUGAUUAUUGGGUGAAUGGCAAUAUGUUGACCAAAGAUAUAGCGACCCAAGUAUUCACAAUCUUGAAACAGCCUGAUUUGAAGUACCUGACUCAGGAGGACUUCAAACCUAUACUUAGAGAACUUUUGGCUACGCAUCCAGGGUUGGAGUUCUUACAGAGUACACCUGAAUUUCAAGAAAGAUAUGCUGAAACUGUUAUAUACAGAAUAUUUUACUACGCGAACAGAUCGGGUAAUGGACGUCUUACCCUUAGGGAGCUGAAACGUUCAGACCUAAUUUCUGCAAUGCUACAUGCGGAUGAAGAAGAGGAUAUCAACAAGGUCUUAAGAUACUUCUCCUAUGAGCACUUUUAUGUGAUAUAUUGCAAGUUUUGGGAGCUGGAUACAGAUCAUGAUUUUCUGAUUGAUAAAGAGAACCUUAUUAGAUAUGGUAACCAUGCUCUUACUUAUCGGAUUGUUGAUAGAAUAUUCUCUCAGGUUCCCAGAAAGUUCACUAGUAAGGUUGAAGGAAAGAUGGGUUAUGAAGAUUUUGUGUACUUCAUAUUGUCAGAGGAGGAUAAAUCAUCUGAGCCUAGCCUGGAAUACUGGUUCAAGUGCAUAGAUUUGGAUGGAAAUGGGAUUCUGACCAGGAACGAAAUGCAGUUCUUUUAUGAGGAGCAGCUGCAUAGAAUGGAAUGCAUGGCCCAAGAGCCAGUGCUUUUUGAGGAUAUUUUGUGCCAGAUUGUCGACAUGAUUAGUCCGGAGGAAGAAAGCUAUGUUACAUUACGUGACUUGAAGGGCAGCAAACUAUCAGGCAGUGUUUUCAACAUACUUUUUAACCUCAAUAAAUUUAUGGCAUUUGAAACUCGUGAUCCUUUCCUAAUUCGUCAGGAGCGCGAGAAUCCAAAUUUGACCGAGUGGGAUCGCUUUGCACAUAGAGAAUAUAUUAGGCUUUCAAUGGAGGAAGAUGCUGAAGAUGCCUCCAAUGGAAGUGCUGAUGUGUGGGAUGAAUCACUCGAGGCUCCCUUUUGAGUAUUAGUUGUGAGUUAUGCAAAAUAUAUGAAAGGUGAUUGUAGGGAAUUUUAUUUGGCCUGGCUUUUGGACAGUGAAGGACAAUUUUGCACAGCAAACUCGUGGGAUUAGCGGAUGUGUCUUAUUCCACCAAAGGUGUUUUUUUGAUUGCUAGAGGGCUUUCGAUUGUAUCUGCACAAAGCUUGGUUUCCAAGUCGAAUACCCAUUCUAGUGUAGAAGCUUCUUCUGACUUCGAUGUCCAAGUGUUUUGGCAAGUCCACCAAUUGGCAAUUGGCGAUUUUGCUGAAACUGGUUCUGAUAAUUCACAACUUCUAGCACUUCUUUCUGUAGUUGUAAGGAACUGUGAUUAUUAAUUAUUUGUUUCUAGAGAAAAUGUUAGUGUUGUUUUUUCUAUAUACGCUUUUUUCUCCGAGGGGGUUCAGGUUCAGCAUGGUGACUGGUGAGUGCCAUGAUGUAGUGUCGUCUUCUUUUCCCCCCUUUCCCAAUUCGUUGUCUUCAAUAUUUGUGAUGGACCUUUGUAAUGAUAUCUUUUUUGCUCUGUUUAAUUGCUAGUGACUGUAGACUGAAUUAAUGUAAAAGGGUUGUAUAAAUUGACUUGAAUGCCAAUUUCAUAGUCAUAUACAAUUUUAA